CUCCCCCCCAUAUGUUAGAGAUGCCAGAGCCAUGAGAUACCUGCUGAGGAAAGCUGCUAACAGGGAGUGCAAACAGCUCAAGAGAGGGAGGUGUGUUGCAGUCAACAAAGCUGAAAGGAGUUGGAGAUCUGAAGAGAACUUUUGACAUCAGACAUGGAGAUGCAGAGUUUGGAGUUUGCCCAGCUGGUUUUUGAUCUUGCUUUGAUCCAGUGUUUCCUCACUACAUUCCCUUCCUUACAUUUUGGAAUGCGGAUGCUGAGGGCGCAGUUGGCCCGGUGCACGGUCCCCAUGGCCACGCGCGCCUGUGCGUCGCGGGACAGCGCGGGAUCGGCGGCCGGAGGGCCAGUGGAGGCCGCUAUCCGCGCCAAGUUGGAGCAAGCCCUGAGCCCCGAGGUACUGGAGCUGCGCAACGAGAGCGGCGGCCACGCCGUCCCAGCAGGCAGCGAGACGCAUUUCCGUGUGGCGGUGGUGAGCUCUCGGUUCGAGGGGAUGAGCCCUCUGCAACGGCACCGGCUGGGUCACGCGGCGCUGUCGGAGGAGCUGGCUGGGCCGGUACACGCGCUGGCCAUCCAGGCGAAGACCCCCGCCCAGUGGAGGGAGAACCCACAGCUGGACACGAGCCCCCCCUGCCUAGGUGGAAGCAAGAAAACUCGAGGGACUUCCUGAUACCCAGACUGGGAAAACAGCGAUCAGAAUGGGCCAAAUUAGAAUAAACCUCUAAAUCAUUACUA